AUGACAAACUUUCUCGAUGUUGAAGAACCUGACCAGCGAAAAAUGGAGACCAUAGUCUCCAUGGAGGAACUGGCCUCGAAACCACCACCCGAUGAACCCGAACACAAUUGCUGCGGUUGUUGUUGUGGGCGCAUGAAGAAGACAACUAGAAAUCCCCAGCUUCCCCCUGCCCAGAUGCAAUACAAGUGUGUACGCAAGUGUGCGGCAGUAACCUGCUCCCUGCUCGGACUGCUGUUUGCAAUUGUUGUCUACUUGUCCAUCGGGUCUGUCCUUUUUCGGUACCUUGAACGAGAUGCUCAACAGGCCAGACUGGCGCAUGGACUGUGGAUGUUGAACGAAGUCAUCGAAAACUAUAACUUGGGUGGGAAGAGUGUGAGCAAAAGAGCAGAUUCCCUAAGCUCCCUGCAGGUAGAAGCAAAUCUGGCCUCCUAUUGUCUGGAUCAGCAAUUCGAGGCUGUCAUCGGGGAACUCAAACGACUCAAAGCAAAAAAGGAGAACGUAGACUCUCGGGUGACAGAGGUGAUGGAUACAGAGGAGUUGGAGCAGUUGGCAAAUGCUAUACAAAUGUCAUACGCUGAGCAGAUGGAAACCUUUGCUCUCCUGCUUAGCGAGCAAAAUCAGGCUGAGAGGGGAGGUCGCAGAAAUAUGCCCAUCGUUUCGGGGGACAGUGUGCUUACCCAGGUUUACGAAGCCAUACUCGCGGGCUGGAGACCGGAAGGUUCUCAGAGAAUAAAACUCCCAGUUACCUCGAGAGGGGAGCUUCCAAAGCCGAUGUCACUCCUCAGGCUUGGGGCGAAACCGCGUUCCAAUCAACGGUCUUCCGAUUUACUGCCACCAUUCAAUAAGCCAUCCACAAAAACAGAUCCAUGGACGUAUAGUGGAGCACUGUUUUAUGCAGUUACAGUUAUUACAACUAUUGGUGAGUGGUUCAUAUUGAAAAAAACUCCUUCCUAUAUUAUAGUUGUUCUGGUCAUGUUAUGCUCUCAUAAACGUUCAUCUUGCGUUAUUUUAGGCUACGGACAUAUCGUUCCAACUACUCAGCUGGGAAAAAUAUGCACAAUCAUCUACGGCUUUUUUGGAAUUCCCUUGAUGUUGCUCUUUCUAGCCAAUCUGGGCAGCCUUAUGGCAGACACCUUCCGUCUCGGCUAUCGACAUAUCUGCUACUGCAGUCGAAAGAAAAAGGACCUAGCUCCGGUUCAGAGACCCCUACCGAAAAACGCUCCAGCUAGAGCCUUGCAGAUGGAAAACGUCCGACAUUGUAGCACUGGCCAGGUGGAAAGCGAGUCCAGGCCGGGUCGCAAGCCUUCAUCUCUUGCCACUGUUGCGCCUCGCGCCGGCUCGUCAUCUCCGGCCCUGCGUGAUCGACCUGGCCGCAUCCACAAAACACCACCCACG